CUGCAAUUUCACUCCAGAAUUUUACUGGAAUUCCGUGCUAAGAAACCGCUAUCACAUGUUUUAGUUCUCCCUUUGACGAGAAUUUAGGGAUGGAGGAGAGUAAGCGGAUCAAUCGGACUGCUCUUCAAAAUUCCUAAAAAUAGAAGUGAAUAAAAAAAAAGGGAUCAUUGCUGUUUUUUGUUUUCUACGAUAAUGAAGGCCAAAGGGGCGGCGACGCCGGCGGUGGUUGUUCUGAACCCGACUCAUGUGGUUUCUUUUGAUCACAAGAGGGAUGCUUAUGGGUUUGCAGUAAGACCUCAACACUUGCAAAGAUACCGGGAAUAUGCAAAUAUAUACAAGGAAGAAGAAGAGGAGAGAUCUGACAGGUGGAAGAACUUUCUAGAAAGACAAUGUGAAUCUGCUCAAUUGGCCGUGAAUAGGUCAACUGACGACAAUAACUUUGUAAAGUCAAAUGUUGAAUCAGCUAUUGAAGAUAGUUUGAGUGAAGAUUGUAAAGUGGUGCAAUCCAUAACAGAAUCCAAAGUUCAUCAAUUUCAGAUAUGGACUGAAAUCAGACCGUCUUUACGGGCCAUAGAGGAUAUGAUGAAUUCUCGUGUGAAGAAAAGAGUUACUAUGUCAAGGAACGAAGACCGAAAGCAACUUUCUUCCAUUGAAGAGGCCCGGCCUGGAAAAGGGGCGUCUGAAGAAGAUUCCGAGGAAGAGUUUUUUGAUUUGGAGAGAUCAGAAUCGGAUCUCGUUCAAGAGAUCCUCACAACCGAUGGUAUUAUUCCUACUUUGUACACUCAAUUAGAAUCUACACCUCCAUGGAAGCAAGAACUGGAAUGUCUUGUUCAAGGCGGGGUACCAAUGGCAUUAAGGGGAGAGCUGUGGCAAGCCUUUGUUGGUGUUAGAGCGCGCAGAGUGGAAAAUUACUAUCAAAAUUUGCUUGCUCCGUAUGCAGAAAAGAAAAAUGCAGAAUUGGAGGAGAAGAAUUGCGAAUCAAAUGGGAAAUCUGUUGGUGUACCUGAAAAAUGGAAAACCCAGAUUGAGAAGGAUUUACCUCGAACUUUUCCUGGUCAUCCUGCUCUAGAUGAGGAUGGUAGAAAUGCUUUAAGACGGAUACUUACUGCCUAUGCUCGGCAUAAUCCGUCUGUCGGGUAUUGCCAGGCAAUGAACUUCUUUGCAGGGUUGUUAUUGCUACUGAUGCCAGAGGAAAAUGCAUUUUGGACUCUAGUGGGUAUUCUAGAUGACUAUUUUGAUGGCUAUUAUUCAGAAGAAAUGUUAGAGUCUCAGGUUGAUCAGCUUGUUCUUGAGGAGUUGGUGCGCGAAAGAUUUCCGAAACUGGUAAAUCAUCUUGAUUAUCUAGGAGUGCAGGUGGCAUGGGUGACUGGGCCAUGGUUUCUCACAAUAUUUAUGAAUAUGCUUCCAUGGGAAAGUGUUCUUAGAGUCUGGGAUGUGCUUCUCUUUCAAGGGAAUCGUGUAAUGUUAUUUCAGACGGCACUUGCUUUGAUGGAGUUAUAUGGACCUGCAUUGGUUACGACCAAGGAUGCUGGUGAUGCAGUCACGCUGCUUCAGUCCUUAGCUGGCUCGACUUUCGAUAGCAGUCAACUUGUAUUGACAGCGUGUAUGGCUUUCCCGAAUGUUCAAGAAGCGCGACUUCAAGAAUUAAGAGAUAAACACCGACCAGCUGUCAUGGCUUCAUUGGAGGAAAGAGAAAAGGGAGUAAGAGUGGGGAAGAAGGAUUCACAGGGCCUGGCUUCUAAAUUGUAUACUUUCAAGAAGGACCCAGGUUCACUAAUGAUGGGGACUGAUAAAUCGGGUUUGGAACCUUCGUCUGCUAAUGGUGAUCAGCUAUGUAUGAGCUUGAAUGGUAAUUUGGAGAUUGAUUCUCCUAGAGAUCUUGAAGAGCAGGUAGUUUGGCUUAAGGUCGAGUUGUGCAAGCUCCUGGAGGACAAAAGAUCUGCUGAGCUUAGGGCAGAAGAGCUUGAAACAGCAUUAAUGGAGAUGGUUAAACAAGACAAUCGACGACAAUUGCAUGCAAGGGUGGAGCAAUUGGAGCAACAGGUUAGUGAGCUUAAGCAAGCCCUUGCUGAUAAGCAGGAGCAAGAGAGUGCCAUGCUUCAGAUUUUAAUGAGGGUAGAACAAGAACAGAAAGUGACUGAAGAUGCUCGCAUAUUUGCCGAGCAAGAUGCUGCUGCCCAGAGAUGUGCUGCUCAAGUGCUUCAGGAAAAGUACGAAGAAGCAUGUGCCACUGUGGCUGAGAUGGAAAAGAGAGCAGUUAUGGCCGAAUCCAUGCUGGAAGCCACCUUGCAGUACCAGUUGGGACAAACUAAAGCUCAGCCUUCUCCUCGGUCUACCCACCAAAGUAAUCAGGAAGACCCUUCACUAGAAAUCCCGACAAGAAAGAUUAGUUUACUCUCGAGACCAUUUGGAUUAGGGUGGCGUGACAGGAACAAGGGGAAGCCCGAGGAGUCGAAUGAUGGAAAACAGCCAAAGGAUGGAGGAAGUUUAAGCUUGAAGCAAGAAGAGGCCAAUGGCCAUCAGGUGGAGUAGAAGAUAUUAAUUAUAAGGGGAAAAGAACUCAAGUUUUUGGUUUCUUUUGUGAAUCAUCUUUAAGGCAUCAUACUUAUGGAGCUAUUAAGAGAAUAGAAUUUACUAUGGGGGUUUGUUUUAUUUAUUCAUUAACAAUAAUUUCUCAGCGAGUAGAGAGCCAAAGGAACCUUUGGUUAUAGGCUUAGCCAAAUUCAUACCUUGUUAUAUAGUUCUUGCACUACAUCUUCCCUGCCAAUAUAUGAUAGUUGUUGAAUACAUAUUACUGACAUAUAAUAUUGUGCAGGAAAAUUGUUGUCUUAGAAAUCAUUUGUCAUCAUGUAUUUCUCUAGCGACAUGACAUGUUUGCUACCACGACAUUCAGAACAUAAAUUAACAUGACCAAAA